AUGCUGCGGCAGCGCUGCGGGCGGCUCCUGGCCCGGCUGGAGCGGGCGCUGCAGCUGCUGGAGCUCGGCGGCAGCGCGGAGGAAGACUACAUCCAGAUUGCUCAGUGCUUCGAGGCGACGCGCCAGAGAUGCUGCCGCCUGGAGCAGGACGGGCGGCGGGCCCGCGAGCAGCUGGCCCGCGUGGAGGCCGAGCGGGCGGCGCUGGAGGUGAAGCUCAAGCAUGCCCGCAACCAGGUGGAGGUGGAGAUGAAGAAGCGGCACCGGGCAGAGGCUGAGCUGGAGAAGCAGGAGCGCAAACUUCAACUAGUCUUCGAGUCCCUGAUGCGGGAGCCAUGGGGCAGUGGGGUGCUGAGUGGGGACCAGUGCUCCGUCCUCAGCGCCCUGGCCGGCCGGCGCCUUGGGGCAGCCCUGGCACCAGGCAGGAGGUCAUCUGCGGUGGACAAGUCGUGCCAGUCCCUUCUGUCCCACUCAGACAUCAGCUAUGACCGCACCGAGGAUGAUGUGGAUGUUGAUAUGACGGUGGUGCGGACCCUGAAGCGCAAAGCCCAGGAGAGGCAGCGUGCGUCCCUGGCCCCUCAGAUCGGCCCUGUGGUGGUGGCGAAGCGGCACCGGUCUUCUGUGGCAACCCACAAUGCCGUGAGUGUCCCCGCUGUGCCCCCUCCUGACGAAGUCCCAGGCCCUGCUGGCAGCCUUCUGCCCACUGCUUUGGUGCCAUGCCGCCGCUCUCGCCAGGGACACCGUGUCUCCACGCAAGCAGAGCUGACCACGGUGUGGGGCACCAGCGGGGAUCCAGGCUGCCAUGCUGUGGGGCAGGAGAGCCACACCGAGGGCAGCUCCGUGGGCCAGGCAGCGCCAGCCCCCUUCCCCUCACCUCCACGGGGCCUCCUGCCACUCCAGCACCAGUUCGCUUCCAAAACGGUGAUCCGUCCUGAGCCAUGCGGCGUCUGCGGCUCCCGCAUCCGUUUCGGGAAGGCUGCUGUCAAGUGCCGCCAGUGCCAGCUGCUGCUGCACCCCAAGUGCCGGGAGCAGUGCCCCAGCCCCUGCACGCCCCGGCCUCGCCGCCGUGCCUGGCCCCGUGAGGGCGUGCUGGCUGACUUCGCCCCUGCCACGCCGCCCUUGGUGCCGGCGCUGGUGGUGCAGUGUGUGACCGAGGUGGAGACGCGAGGCUUGACAGAGACAGGGCUGUACCGGGUGCCGGGUGCGGAGCAGCUGGUGCGGGAGUGGAAGCAGAGGCUGCUGCAGGCCGGGGGCACCCUGCCUGCCCUCAGCAGUGUGUCCGACAUCCAUGUGGUGUGCGGAGUGCUCAAGGACUUUCUUCGGGGGCUCAAGGAGCCGCUGGUCACCUUCAGCCUCCACCCUGCCUUCCUGCGGGCUGCUGACAUCCCGGACGAUGCUGCCUGCGGCACAGCCCUGCGCCACGUGGUGAGCAAGCUGCCCCCGGCCAACAGGGACACCCUGGCCUUCCUCAUGCUGCACCUGCUCAGGGUGUCACACAGCCCUGACUGCAAGAUGGAUGUCCUCAACCUGUCCCGCGUGUUUGGUCCCACACUGGUGGGACAUGGCUCAGCCAACCCCGCACCACUUGUCAUCAUGGAGGACACGCCACGGCAGUGCAAGGUGGUGUCUCGGCUCCUCUCACUGCCGCCUGACUUCUGGAGAGGCUUCGUGGGGACGGAGCAGGAGAACCUAGUGCGGACACCAGCCCUGGGGGGCGGACGCGAGCCGUUCUUCCGCCCCAUUGCCUCCCUGGAGCCCAAGCCGGGCCAGCUGAGCCCAGCCGGUACCUGCUGCCUCCCCAGCGCCCUGCGGAGCUGUGUGGGCACGGCUGCCCGGCCCCCGCAGGGGCCGGCCCCAAGGAAGGUGGGUCGGUUCUUCCCUUCUCCAGUGUAG